AUGAUUGUGACGGCUAUUUAUACCUUCUUCAUAAUCGGUGUAUGCGCUUUCGUAUUGAGUUUCAAUUGGAAAACGAAGCGAUUGUAUACAAAUUACACAUUAAUACCCUAUCGGAUUCCUAUCUUAGGUCAUCUGUUUGAUUUUCUCAAGGAUGCAAAUCAAUUUAUCUUUGACAAUUUUGCAAAAUAUGGCUCAAUUUUCACUGCAAAUAUUUGUGGACAACGUUUUACCUUUCUGCUCGAUGUUCACGAUCUCCUGACAAUGACGAAAAAUCCGAGCUUGGUCUUUUCUGGUAGUGAAAUGGUCACGACUAUAUUCGGUAGCCGCCGAGUAGAAAAAGAUAUUCAGGAAGAUAUAGCACAAGUUCUUCAUAAAACUAUCUAUCCACAAACGUUACAACGCUCAGAUGCAUUGAAUGCGUUGACUGUUCGCUUUGUGGAAAGUUUCCACCAGUCGUUGGAAAAAGAUCGAAUGAGUUCGAACGAAGAAUGGCGUCAGUGUACUUUGUUUGAUCUAUGUCAUCGAUUUAUUUUCGGUGCAUCCACUCGUGCACUGUUCGGAGAUAUUGAAGAUGAAGAAUUGAAAGAAUUAGAAACAAAUUUCGUUACUUUCAAUGACAAAUUCUAUGUCUUCUCUCGCGGACUUCCUGUAUGGUUUUAUAAGUUGUUCUAUCGAAGUGCAUAUCAAGCACGAGAGAAAGGAAUAAAAUUACUUAUCAAACAGCGGCCUAAUCAAAGUGAAUUUAUCACUGCUGCAAGAGAAUUCUACGAAGAGAAACACGGAGACGUGUUUUCACCGACAGAUGUUGGUGCACGUAUGAUGAUCUUCUUCUGGGCUUCAUUAGGUAACACAAUACCAGCGACAUUCUGGGUUCUCUAUUAUCUUCUGACAACGGAUAAAGGACGGGUUUUGGAAGUAUUACGGGAUGAAAUCCUCACUCAUGGUGAAAAUAUGAACGAAAUGAAAGUAGCGGAUAGUGUGAUUAACGAAACGUUGCGUCUUAUCGUUUGGAUUCGAGGACUUUCGGGCCUGGUCGACGAAGACGUUACACCGGCUGCUUUUUGGUUAACCAAUCCCAAUAACACAUUGGAGCAUAAUGCUGUGGCUGGUUGUACUCAUUACGGCUACUGGUAUCGAUUGGUUCCGAUAAUUGAUGAAUCAUCAAAUAGCACAAUUAAAGAAUACUAUCCGUACAAACAACCAUUUGGUGGUUUUUAUAACAAUAGUGUUCACAGCACAGGUUUAUAUGGCGUGUGGAUCUAUCCAGAAUACGCACCGACUAUCUCAGGCAGUUCAUCUGAUACUAGCUCAUCGAAAGCUAGUUUUGAAGGAGUAGUGUCGUGGAAAAAGAGAAAAGGCAGUGAAUACUACAAGUCAAAACCUAUUCAGAUUACGGGUUCACUCUUUUUUGAUAACACAGAUGCGAGUGUUAGUUGUAUCUAUGUGUUUUCUCAAGAGAACUCUGACUAUUCGCAAAAUCUCAUAAGGUCCUAUGAUAUCGAGAAUAGCUCAUCCGUGAUCAAUUCUAUAAUUAUCGCCUAUUCGAAUGUUUCAAAUGAACCUAUAGCGGAAUCAACAAUUGGUCUGAUCAUUCCUAGUGAUCGUGGUUUUCGUGUCUAUAAUGUUGCAUUUAUCAACUUUCUGAAAAAUAGUACGAUACCUAUUAUUGGACCAAUUUAUGUCGAGCCAUGCAAUGAUCAUUGUGCAGGUUACACAACAAAAUUUGGAAACUUAUCAUUUACUAAUGUUCAACUUCGUGCGAAAUUUCGGUGGGAUUACGAUGGUAUAUACGUUGAUGAAGAUGGAACGUUAACUAGUCAAAAUCAAUCAAUGAUUGUACUAACACAGAAUGGUCUAAAUAACGAAUCAUCUUCGUGUGCACCAGCUUCUCUGUUUGAAAAUGCUGUCCAAUGCCCGCUAUCAAAUGGGCCAUGGAUUCGCAUGACUUUAACUGAGAACUACAAUGUCUCCGGUAGUAUAAAUAAUGGGCCAUUGUUCAUAACUGAUGACAACAAUCACACAACAUAUGUGCCAUGGACUGAAGGAGGACUUUCUUAUAACAAAGGGUAUGUCGUAGCGUUGCAAGUAAAUCGAACAUAUCGUCUUGACUAUAGCGGUUCACGAAGUUGGUUAUACCAUGAGUAUUGGAUUACGCUUUAUGAUAUGGCUCCCGGCGAUUACAUUAUUAUUAAGCACAAUAUGGACAGCAAACCUGACGACAUAUAUUUCUACUCACCGAUGCGAUCAUAUUCUAGUUUAAGUUUCAAUGGCGCUUCGAUGUACGAUUCCGAAAACAAAACUUUUUCUUACAUCAUUAAGAAUUCAUCAACAUCCAGCACAUCAAACGAUGUUCAGUUACGAGUACGUUUUUAUAAAAACAGCGGUGGUGGCGGUGGAUACAUAUUUCAAACGGAAUGUUUCUAUCCCACGCCGAGACACUGGUCAAAUGAUACUGACUGGACAGAGCAGCAAACGUAUCCUAAUUGGUAUAAACAAAAACCAGGUGAUUAUCAAAACAUCACUAUUCCUUGGUGCUAUCAAAUGAUUAUUGAUCAACCACUGCCACGCAUUCAAACGCUAAGAAUCGAAGGCACUCUUGAAUUCAAAUCGGGAAUAAAUCACACGAUGUACGUUGACAAUAUCGUUAUUGAUGGCGGACGAUUAAUUGCCGGUUCAGAACAGAGUCCAUUUGUUCAAAACAUCGAUAUAAUCUUACCUGCUAGCGGUACAAUCAAGAGCACGUUAACUAAUAUAUCACGAUCUGCUUAUACAACAUCAUAUGUUUAUCAAAGUGGUCUCGAUUUGCAUGGAUCAGCGCAUAAUAUUACAUGGACGCGUAUUGCUGAUACUGUGCAAGCAGGUAAUUAUUCUAUUACACUAGAGGAAUCAGUCGAUUGGCAAAUCGGCGAUGAAUUUGUGAUAACAACAACCGAUACAAGUAUAUCACAUACAGAAAGACAUCGCAUUGCCGGAAUAACAAACAACAGAAUUAUACGUACAACAAAGCCGUUGAGUUAUACUCAUCAAGUUAUUCGACGUUCAUUUUCCAAUGGAUCGUCUGUUUAUAUCGCCGCUGCCGUUGGUUUAUUGACGCAUAAUAUACGCAUCAUUAGCACUGGUGUACAAUCCGAUCGAGCCAGUGUAAAAAUUUCUAUUGUUAACACUUCGUCAAUUUACAGGCCUAACAUCUUCCAUGUUAGUCUGUCAAACGUACAAUUUAUUGGUAUUGGACAGUUCAGCGACUCGUCGUCAGAGAUUGAAAAAUCUGGUAUAUUUAUCAGUAGUAUAAAUGCAUCUAUGUCUGCAUGGCCUACAUAUAUUCGUGGAUGUUCAUUUGAUGGUGGAUUUAACACUGCAGUAAGCCUUAAAAGUACACAUUUCAUGUCGAUUUCAAAUAAUGUUAUCUACAACACAUAUCGAUCGGCACUGACGAUAUUUUCUGGAAGAAAUAAUAUUAUCGACAAGAAUUUGGUCACAACUGUAUAUUGGUCAGGUACAGCUCAAUCUCGUUCAGUAGCGGAAAAGAACACAGACUACGAUGCAGCAAUAACGACUGAUAAAACCACUAGUGUUGUUAUGACAAACAACUUAGUUGCCGGUGUGGAACGAUUAGCUUUUCGUAUCAAGGGUGACGUAUGUCCUGGUGUAAUUAUUCCCAGUUAUAUCAAUAAUACGCAUUCGAACAACGAAGUUCAUUCAGCAAUGGCUGGUGUUAGUAUUUGGCCAGACGAUCGAGGAUCUGUUUUUGAUCGACAAUGCCUUCUCAUCAAAGGCUUCAAAGUUUACAAAGCAUGGUACUACGGUUUGUACAUUAAUUCAAUUCGAAACAUAACUAUUGACUCAUGCACAUCAAUCGACAAUUAUAUCGGCAUAUUCGCGUUUGUCGUUGGACCAGCAGCCGAAUCGCAUCAAAUUUCACGCAGUCGUGUUGUAAUACAAAAUUCAGUUAUCAUUGGAUCAAUAACUCCAAAUGAUUGCAAUGACAAAAUCAAUCUGAGUUCGUCAAAUAUUCAAUAUUCAACGAUAGCGAUGCCGACUGUAUCACAAGAUCCACUUAUAAAUGGAAAUGGUAGUAGGGUUGGUGUUGUAUAUCCACUUUUUUCGACAUCUAAUGGAGCACCUAAACAAAGUUGGACAAACACAAUUUCUAAUCCAUCUCUUGAUGGAUCGACAUCGAUUAGAAAUACGACUAUUGCACUCUUCAAUGAUGUUUGUGGCCGACAUGACACGGUUAUUCAAGUGCCUCAAAGUAAUACUGAUGCGAAAUUUCCUAUUGAAACAUCUUCAAUAUCUCGAUACAAUGUAUCGGAUUCCAACAUAAUCUUUAACGGAGAACCAGAUAUAAAGGAUCGAGAGCCCGCCAUUUGUAAUAAUGGCAUUUAUUGCGAUGGUCGAAAAAAGAAUUUGCUCAAGGAUCUCGACGGCACUAUAUUUAGUGCCCCUACUAGUGCGAUUUCCCAAGCAGAUAUUUUUGGAGAUACGCCAAAUCGUGGUAUUAGUGAUAAUGAGAUCCCGUCUGCGGCAAGAACUGAUUUAUCAGGACAGAAAAUUAAUAUUUCUGUAGAGUAUCCAUAUCGUGGUAUCGCUCGUAGUCUUGCAUGCUCUCUUCAAAAAGCAUUUCCAAUGUAUACUUGCGACUACAAGACUGAUUAUUACUUGUUAAUCAUUGAGAGUAUGGUUUCUGAUGACAAAGACCGUGUUCUCGCACCUGUUGCAAUAUUGUCUGCUAGUGGCUAUAUUGAUCUACUCGCUGGGCCCAGACAUUAUAACUUUCCCUCUACCACCAGUUAUCCGUCACGUUUACCAACAUUUACAGCAAUUGUCCAUUCUGAUAUUACUUAUAAAAUCUAUUUUCAUGAUUACUCGCCACAACACAUACGAUUUCGUUUAAUUAAUGCGAAUCCAUCAGUUAGAUGCAUUGUAGCUGUUUAUUACAACUCAAUACAACAAAUCGAUGUUUAUGCUAAUGGUACAUAUGUAUCACCAACUAAUCGAAAUCAGUCCACUGUACUAACGUUGCUCGAUGAGCCCAAUAAAGUGAAUCUGUCAUCCCCAAUUGGAGCCAACUAUUACGAUAGAACAUAUCGAUUGCUCUAUUUCCUAAUCACUGGUGACACUACAAUCGAAGCAAAAGAAUCAUCACUGCUUAUUCUUGGCUUUGGUUUACGGGCAUUGAAUGAUUCUACAUUUUAUACGGAUAAUGUUGCUAGUAACCUAGCUCACGUGUUCGACUUUGAUCCAACCAAAAUUCGACGCGUGAAAAUCGUCAAAGAAUCUCGCACAGGCCGCAGCUCCGAUAAUGAUGAAUCGAGUAUAUUACUUAUCGAAAUUCGUGAUGAACCUCGACUUUCUUUACAAUCAACUAGUAGCGCUAGCUCGGAAGUCCUGUCGAUUAUUGCUGCAAAAAUCAUCAAUACCUAUCAAUCUGGUGAAUUGACUCAAAACUGGAAAAAUUACAAUAUCACAGGUGAUAUAGUUCCCACUAGUUUGGGCGUUCAAGAACCAUUGAAUGAUUCAAACAUCAACUUACGCAUUAUUAAUCGAACUGAACUUCGCAUAGUACCCGAUCAAUGUCGUCAACAAAGUCCAUGCACUAUUCAACCAGUUAUUUUUGCCUACGACUCGGACGGUAACGUCAUUGAAAAAUUGGGUUCAAACGAUCAUCCUUGGCAAGUUAAAGCUACGAUUGUUAAUCAACCAAACGUCACCUUACCCGGUGCUAUCGCUAAUUAUACAAACGGACAGACACAAUAUACACUUUUUGGUUUGCCAAAUAUUGGUACAUUUGAAGUUCAAUUCGCAUUUAUUAAACCUGAUGGUUCUAACAGUUCAUUUUUUCAAAAUGCGAAUCUUACUGUCCAGACUGACCCUAUCACUGUGACAAAUGCUACUUUAGCUGGUCAACAACUGAACAAUGUCUAUGUGAUUAAUAUUAGUCAAGCAUUUGACAUAUCUAUUCUACUUAUUGAUAACGUCACUCGUCGUCAAAUAGGACAGACUCAAUGGGAUGAUUGGAAAUGGACAGCUAAUGUCACAAUUUAUACUCUUCCGAAAUUUCAACCUCAAGGCACAGUAAUCAAACUUAAUACCUCGAGAUCUUUACUCAGUCGACCAAAUAAACCCGUUACCAUACCUGAUUUGACCAUCGAUGGUCUUGGUAUGUAUAUAUUAAAUGUAUUGUUAGUAUCAACAAAUAAUCAAUAUAUUGUGACCUUGACAUCGAAUGGUAUUCUUGUGAAAAAUGCCUUUAAGGGUACUAGUGGCAUUGAUGACUAUGAGACUGAUAAUUUCGUUACUGAUGUCAACUAUCUGACUAGUAAUAUAACGUUUCUGAAUAAUUAUGAUGAUCUCAAAGCUUCGAAUCAACUUGAAAUAAAACGAGCCAUGAUUUACAAUUAUUUAUCGAGUAUUGGUAUGCCAUUGAUUAGUGAUGUUGUUUUAAAAGAAGGAGAGAUGGUUGUAUUGUUUCAAGUUGAUGCACUUCCUGUGGAUAUUGAUCAAGCAGUAACCACGAUUUUAUCCAAUCCCAAUGUCAUACCUGAUUUAACCGUUUCCUCCGUGAACAUUAACGGUCGUUCGUAUUCAGUUUCGCCCACAAAUCAAAACGUGAAGCCAAAUGACGACAAUAAACCUGGCUUACUGGUUGGUAUCCUUGUGGGUGUGAUUGUUAUCAUUAUCAUAGUUGGCAUUGUAUAUUUUGUCCUGGAGAGAAAACGAAAACAGACGAAAGAUAGAUAUUUACAAGAUAAAAUCGAUAUUCGGCAACCUAUGGAUGAAGUCAUAUAUGAACUCAAAGAACGUCAUCUGGAAGUAGCUGAAUAA